CUUCACAACGACAACCAUGGCGUUGAUGUUGGAAUCCCCAUCACGGAUAUGGCGUCGAAUUGAAGCCGACGAUGGUCGAGAUAUGCCCUCAUUACCUUCACUUCCGCUCCUGGACGACUCUACAGACAACGUUCACCUGCAAGAAUCCUCCGACAGCAUUGGCGACACCGACGAAAGUCUCAAUGAAAUUGCAUCCCCGUUACAUUCUACUCCGGCUAUCUCAUCUCAUCAAACAACCCGAACCUUUCGUGGCGGUGCUAGCUUAGCGUCGAUGGGGACAUCCUCUAAUACUGGGAGUGCCGCUCGGUUUGCGAAUUCAAUAGCGCGCUCCAGCCGGUCAUCGAUCCCUCUUUCCAGGUUCGGCAGCGUUGGAGGUGCAUCUCUGAACUCAAAGCACGAUCAGGAACCCCCUGAACUUGAUUCAUUUGAUAUCAGUGCCAUACCUUCAUUACCUGACGCUGCCGGUCAAGGUUCAGACAUUGAGGUUGACAGUAUGGAUGAUCUUAGUGACGCUUUGGAAUCUGUUAGCAGGACCAACUCGCCUUAUCCAGGACCUAUAGAGCCAUCGGAAGGGACGCCGGGUAAUAAGACGAAGUACUUUGAAUACGACAUUAGUUUAAAAUCGGAACCCAAGCCCUCUCCAUUUAGCAAAGAUAAAUUCCGCCAUAUCGUAACUCGGCGGCCAGCUUUAGAACGAACGCGAACACCAUCUCUAACACGUACCACACUUUCUCCUGUAUCAUCACCUCCGACUACCCCACAGAGUCACAGGUCUGAUGGAUCGUUAAGGGCGAAUUCUGUUGGCUCUCCUUCGGAGUCCAGUCACCGAUCUGCGUCGCCUACGGCACUAUCACCUGCCUCGAUUCCACUUCCUCGUCCUAAUACAAGCUCGCCAGCAGUUGAUGAUGUACAAAAUGCGAAUAGUCCGGAAGCGGAGUUAGAUGAGAGGCAAAGGACUUGCCUUUUAUCAGAAAGCGACCGUGAUAUAGAAGACACAGCUUCGAUGGACAUCACUGACGCACACAUUUCACCGGUUCGACAAUUCGGUGUAGAGGAUUCAGAACACUCGAAGAAUCCUAACGAAGGAGAGGAGGAGGAUUCCUCCCGCGACCCGACUUUCACUUCCUCGGAAGGAGAUGGUGCUACUCCUUAUCCUCAACGAACGACGUCACCGCGGGGCGGAAUGGGCGCGUUCAGUGGGCUCCGGGACGAGAUGAGCGCCUUUUCCUCGGCCUCGCUUUCCCCUUCGGUAGCACUUGCAACACCAACACCUGCGCUUCCUCGGCCUAGAUUUGUGGCCUCUGCCACGCCAAAGGAUCUACAAGGUGCCCCGUGGCCGAGAGCUGCUGCUACGAUAAGGGCAGCGGUUAAAGAUGAUUCGACGGGGAGUGGGAGUGAUGGCCAUGCACACGAGGAUAGCCCAAUAGAAGUUGCCGAAUGGGGAACGACGGAAACACCAAAACCUCAGAUUCAUCAUGUAGACGAAGAAGAUCAUCUCGAAGCUGUCGAUGGAGACUAUGACCUUACGCCUCACACGCGCCGAAAAUCCUUCCUACUUUCGGUCAUCCAUUCCACAGCCCGACCUCGGCCGAGACUCAACAAGUUUACGACACCUCGGCCUCGACAGGGGCCAGGAAACUUUGAGCAGAGGCUGCUAAGGAAUAGAGGGAGAGAUUCCAUUGGCUCCGUCGUUGACCAGAUUGAGACUCCUGCUCCUUCUGCUAGUAAGGUGGCUGUGAGAUUCAGCGAGGCUAUCGAAGAUUCGCCUGGUCCUAAAACACCUGCCAUACAGAUACCUUCAGUUGCACCCACCCCUGGUCUACGAACUGCUUUUGCAGGUGUGACCCCACGUCCGAGGUUCUUGAAGGGGUCGUCGCAUCCUAUAUCGCAAACUCAUGCCGCCGAUUUGAGUAUAACUUCAGCGGGAGCAAAUGACGUGAAACACGGCUCUCCCGCUAUUGAAGUUACAUCAGAGUCGGGGAUUAAAGAUACGAUCUUAUCUCCAGGACGAGUAGAAGGAGAAGGUACAGCCGUUCGUCCUUGGGGAACUCAAGCGCCUAUCCCAGAGAAAAACCCCUCCCCUUUCAAUAAAUCUUCGCCCUACCUAGCAUCUUCCAGCGAUACUUCACUCGUUUCGACCGCCUCCUCGCAUGACCUGACAGCCCAUCCCCGAGCCAAUACCUCCUUUGAUCCUGCUCUUGGAUUCGGUGGUCGAACAGGGACCACAGCGCAUGGCGUGGGAAGAUUCAACGCCAACAAGCUGAAUAAUUAUCUGCAUGGCCUGAACAGACGAUUGCAAGAAGAGAACGAGAAGUUGGUGGAGAGGUUACGUCGGGCCGAGAAACAGCGCAAGGAAAACAUCUUCCCUGCAACUUCCGAUAUAUCUGCGUCGUUUUCAGGUGUGGAGCGCGGACGUCGUCGUUCUAGCGGUGCGAGGCGUAGAAUUAGUGCCGGAUCGGCCCUUGAUGACGUGAAAGAGGAAGAGGAGAACGAACAGAGGGACUACGCCGCCUGGACGGAAGAAAAGGCCGAGUUGGAAGCUAUAAUUGAUGCCUUCAAAGCAGAAAUCGAUGCUCGUGCCUUGGAAAAAGGUGUGCUCGAACGCGCAGUUGAGGUUGAACGUGCAGGUUUCGCUGCAGAAAAGGAAGAGAUGGAGAGAAUGAUCGAAGAAGCGAGGAAGGACGCUGAAUUGCUUGCUGAAGAAAAGGACGGCCUCGCCAAGAAGAACGAGGAGAUGGCGCGUGUGUUGGAAGAGGAAGUUUGCGAACGAGCGAGGGAUAAGGAACGAUGGAAAGAGCGUAUGGGUGAGGUUGAACGCGGUGUCGAAUCGAUAGUCCAUGAUCUCGAGAAGAAGCUCGAGUCGGAGAAUCAGGCUCGUAAAGCUCAGGCUGAAUUGGAAAGGCGUAUUGCUGACACAAUGACCGAAAGGGACGAAGCCUUGGAGCGGGAAAAGAAGGCUGUGGCGGCUCUGGACGCAGGUGCCGAACUUGGUGGUGAAUUACAGGAAGCCAACGAAAGGUUGGGCAGGCUCAUGGGACAACUUCGUCGAGCGAAUGGCAGGGUCGAGGAGGUUGAAAACUUGUUGUCCGAGGCCGAUGAAAGGGUCGAAAAGAUGGAGCAGAAAGCCAGAGAUCUGGAUGCCUUGAAAGAAGCAAGUGUGGCAGAACGUAAGGAGGCUGAAGCACAGUUGGACCAGGUCAGAAGAGAGGUCGAUGCCAAGAAGGUUGAAGUGCGACAUCUGGAAGACUUGAAUAUGAGGAUGGAGGAAGAGUUAAAAGGCACCAAGGCCUAUGUCAACGAAUUGGAGGAGAGUGCCGCAGCUGCGAUCGAGCAAAUUCAGGAGAAAGAACGUGAACUUAGAGAGGCGGCAGAGAAAAUACAACACAUGGAUUAUGCGAGCCGUGAUCUGGAAGAUCAGUUAGAGGAUGCAGAGAAAGACAAGGAGGCCACCAAAGAACUUGCGAGACAACUCGAAGAAGCGUUGGAAGCUGCUGAGAGGAAGAUGGAGACGGACGAGGAGGAGUUGGUGAAAUUGCAAGGCCGAAUCACCACCUUGGAGCAGGAUAAAGAGCGUCAGAAAGACCUCAGUUCUCGAUCGAUGGAUCUUUCCCAAGUUCCACUUCCAGAUGCGAAAGAUGCAGCCGCCGAGAACGAAGCACUUGAAGAGGAAUUGUAUGAUGCAAAUAAAGAGAUCGCACGUCUCAACACGAUUUUGAAUCAAUCUCCUGCACGCAAGGCAAUGGACAAAGCGAAGGACGUCAGGAUAGAGAUGUUGGAGAAAGAGAACGAGGGCUUGGCGGAGAGAAUUAAAGCGAUGAGAAUUACCAUGAAUGAUUUCACCAUGAACACCCCAGGGAGGUCGGCCAACUAUAGUAAUAUCUCUCCAAUCCACCGUCAAGUACUAGCAAUGGCCCUCAAAACACCCAAGACGCCCGGUGGUCCUCUUCGAGAUAUGUCCUGGCUCAAUACUACAUUUGGGGGAGAUUCCUCCGUUGCUCCUCUCGUUGCUGAACUUUCGCGAUUACAACGUCAGUUAGAUCGUGCUAACGAGAGUAUUGACGAUAAGCUGGACAAAUUGGAGGAUGCUGGACUUGGGGUCGUCGAGUUGACAGAAAAGCUCGAAAACGCGCGUUUCAGGAUUAGGGCUUUGGAGGACGAACUUUCCAGACUAAAGCGCGCCGAAGAGCUACGAGUGCAACGUCUCCAACGAGUCAGAUGCAAAAAAUGUCUGACUAAAGUCGAUGUUGGCAGCCUUGCUCAACUAUCACGGCAUGAGGACGAAAACUUGUUCAACAGCUCAAAGGAUGACCUGCCCAGCGAGCCGCCCACUCCUCCUACUCGUACAAGCGAAGCCUUAAAGGCCAACCUCCGCUCUGUCAACGAUCAGUUGGCACAAAUGAAGAAACAGUGGGACGAUGAAAAGCGGCAACUUCAAGGCGAUAAGGAUGUCCUCCAAGACGCUGCGGAUCGCUUGAAUAUCCAGAUUCGGGAAACUAGAGAGGAAGUCAAUAGGGCAUCAGAACGCCAGAAAGCCGAUUCCCAUCUACGACAGGACCUGCAGUCGGAAAUCGACAAAGCUAAACGAACUAUCUCAAGCCUGGAAGAGAAUCUGAAAAUCGAGCGAGCACGCAUACGUAGUAUGGCUGCCGAACAAAAUCGUAUCGCGCAAGAAAAGGAUGGUGUGUUGUCGCAGUUGCAGACGACGGAGACUGACAUGGAGAAUGUCAAGCAACAACUGCUGACCUACAAAAAGGAGAACCGAGAGAUGGAGAAUGAGCUACGAGUCAAUGCCAAUGCAGAACAGAGAGUCAGGCUCUUAGAAAGCAAAGUUAAAGAAAACACCGAAACGAUGGAGCAGCUUCGGGAAGAACGUGCGUUGCUGGUAGUGGAACAUAAAGAACUGCAGAGGAAGUUCACCAAGAUUUCUGAGCAAACACAACGUCUUCGUGAACAAGAAGCUUCAACCAAACAGACACACGAAAACCAUCGCCAGCAACUUGACCUUCAUAUAGACGAAAUCAAUGAACUACGAAAAGCCCUUUCAGAUCGUGCUGAGGAGUUGCACCGCGCCGAAGCCGAAAAAAAGCGGCUCGCUGUUGAGGGCAAUGGCGUCACACAGACCGUUGCGGCGUUGGAGUCUGACCUUUGGCGUGUUAAAAAGGACGCCGAAGCGUUCGGUCGAGAUCUCAAGUUGCUUCGUGCGGAGAAGGAAAAGCUGGAAAUAAAGCACAGAGAAGAGACAUCGAGGACUGAGCGGGUAAAGAAGCAGCUGCAAACCCAGAUGAAACUGCUCGGCGAGCAGCUUGAUGAGGAAAAGAACAAGACAGCUCAAGCGAGAAGUGAACUGGAUAACCAUACCUGUGCAGUUGAUGAAAAUCAACUGACCAAUCUCAAACUACAACACAACAAAGAAUGUAAAGGACUCAUUGUACAGAUUCGAUAUCUCAAAGCCAAGUUCACGCGGGAGUCUGUGUUACGAUAUGAUCUCGCGUACCAAAAACAAUACUUGUUGAUCUUGCUUGCCAAAUUCGAAAAGAGUGAGCUUACCAUAUUUGCUGCAAUAUCGAAGAUCGGAUUCCCUGUGCUACCCGCUCCACAGCCCAAGAAACGGAAAAAGUUGAAAAGUGUUGCGUUCACUGUUGUUUUCUUGACUCGCUUGAGCAGACUGAGUGAAGAGUGGCGGAAACAGAGCGCUUCAAAGCAAGCAAUCGCUGCAGCUCUACAGGACGUUCGGCAACGACGAACAACAGCUGUCACCUGAUCUGAUUUUGUCUUCUUUUCCGCUCCGCUGUUCCAUCUUGGACACUGCAUCUAUAGAUCUAUUAUCCCGUGUUUUCCAUGUUUUGUCAGUACCAUUAAUCGUAUGUACAUUAUC